UAUUGGUUUUCAUGUGAUGCACAGUGUAAACAGUCACCAUUGUACCUGAUGUAACUAACUGUGGUCAAAAGGUGGCGGUGUUGUGUAGUAUAACGGUAACACCUCGAGGCAACUGGCCGUUACAACAUGAAAGUGCAUUUUGGUUUCGUUUCCUUCAGUUUUGAAAUGAGAGUGAAUAGUGGAUGUGAGUCGGUAUUUUAACAAAGUAGCUGCAGCACGUAUUGGAGACCAUGAUGAUUUAGAGAAUCCACGGUGAAAAAGUUCACAACACGGGAAGUCUGAAAUGGCCAGAAGACCGACUCCUUGUUAUGCCACUGCUGGAAAAUAUUACAUGGAUGAAAUCAAAGAUUCUCUUUCUCUUCUGGAUGUUGUCUAUGAAGAUCAGUUUGAAGGAGAAUUCAUCAGUCAAGAAACUCUUGAACGGACGGAGGAAAACUUUUACAGAGGAGCUCCACCCAACUGGUUGAACUUUCACAUUAGCCACCAGGCAGAUGGCACUGGAACUCCUUUUAUUAAACGAGAUGGAUAUCAAACACUUGUACAACAGAUUCACAGACGAAGAGAAGGCCCUGGAACAUCAGCAAUUAAAUUGCUCCACCAACAAGGGUGUGGGGGCACUACGCUGGCUAUGCAGGUGUUGUGGGACUUGAGGAAAACCUUCAUGUGUGCUGUCUUGACAGGCUCAACCUUAGAUAUCCGAGAGGUUGCAAAGCAGGUGGUCUGCCUUUUCACAGCGGGCAGUCGAGGCCACCAAAAGACUGUGCUGCUGUUACUGAAUGAUGAUUUCAUUGUAGACAGACUUCGGGACGCCAUUAUGGAAGAGAUUGUUGAGCAGGAGAUAGAGAUCGAUAUCCCUGUGGUCGUUUUUCUCAGCUGCGUGCGAACGAGUGAGCAGGUCAUCCUUAAAAAAGAGCAGUCUUACGAAAUGAAACAAAAAUUCAAGAGGAAUGAAAGAAAAUAUGUCAUCCUCAAAAGAACCCUCUCAGAUACAGAGAAGCAACAGUUCAAUGAGAAGAAGGAGGAGCUUAGGAGAAGAUAUGGUGAUAGAUGCAAACUGUUUCAUGGUUUUAACAUAUUGCAAACAAAUUUCUCUCAGGAUUACAUCCAGGAUUCAUGUGAGAUUUUUAAAACAAUCAAGAAAACAAAUAAACCUCAGACUCAGCUUGCUGCUUUCCUAUCCCUGCUGAAUGCCUAUGUCCCAGGUUCAUAUCUCCUGGAGUCUCAGUGCCUAGACCUCCUCGAACACGAUGACGACAUCUAUGGAUACCUUCCACUGGAAGACCUGAUGAAGCCUUUUACUCACCUCAUUGUCACCUUCCAACAAGAUGUAAGAGCUGAAAAAAAGGUCCGCAUGGUUCACCCUUUGAUAGCACAGUGUUGUACUGAACUGAUGGCAGACGAAGCAGGAGUGGCCAGAAGUGACACAGCAAUACAAUUCUUGACCUGUUUUUGCAAAGAUGAAGUCCCUCCAUGUACAUUUGGGUUCAUCAAAGACAUGUUAACCAAAAGAGAAAUGAAAAAAGAGGAAAGCAUGGAAAAUGAAGAAAAGUUUGAAGGAAGACCGAGAAGAGAAGAUACUCAAGAGAAGUUUUCCAGACUGAUUUUAGAUAUUAAGGAGAAGGAAGAGAAAAAGCAGAGUGCAACCCUACUAAAAGUUGCAUCGAAUAAAUUUGUCCAGAACUCUGUGUUCCCUCAGGCACUUGCUCGUUUUUACUAUGGAGAACUAAAAGACUAUAACAAGGCUGAAAAGUGGGCAAUUACAGCCAAGCAAAGAGAUCCCAAAAAGUCAUUCAUUGCUGACACGCUGGGCCAAGUCCAUAAGCACCAUCUAAAGAGCAAAGGUCCUUCUACCACACCAAGAGAAAUUUUGCAGCUGGCCCAAAAGGCUAUUAAAGCAUUUGAAGAUGAGGAAGAACUUGCUGAAUAUGAGCAUGGGAAAGGUAUGAACGAAGACAAGAAAACAAAAGAGCUGCGAGCUUUUAACAGCAGCGGGCACUUUGGUUAUUUGCAGGUUUGCAACCUUUUGUAUAAUCAUCUUAUCAAACGCGGCGAAAUUUGGAAGCAAGUACUCACAAAGAAUGUGUCCAUGGGCUCUGUCCUGGAAUCACUUGGCGACAACAAACUGAGCAAGUUUAAUGAUCUAAUAAACAGCCUCAGAGACACCGUUGAGAAAAAAGUUGAAUUCUUUGAUACCUUUUUGACUUACUCACAGUCUGUCAUGAAAAAGGACGAUGAAUCUUACAUUUCUAGCGAGACAGCGGAAUGCUACAAAAAGUACGUUGGAGACUCAGCACCCAAACAAAAAGACAAACUCUCGCAAACCCUUCACAAACUUAAACAAAAAUUGGCUGCCACCUCAGCCGGAGUGCUGUCGUGCCUCGACAGAAGAUGUUCUAUAUUGGAUGUUAAAAACAUUGCCGCAUGGUGGAAAGAAAUCUGUCAAAGGAAGGAUUCCUCUAAACAUGAUUUAGCCAACUACAUCCUUGCUAACAUCAUGCUGGAAAACAUGAAUGAACCCCCAACCAGUCCUGACUAUCAAAGUGCUUUUAAAGAGAAAACCCAUCUGGCCUCUGAGGCGCAACCUGAGUUUCACAUGUUAGCCCUGCUUGUGUGUUGGCCAACAUUUGAUGAAGACAGAUGUAUCUCUGACCUCUGCGGAUUGAUUAAAAAUGUUCAGCAAUCCUACGAACAUGAAUACAAGAGACUCUUGCAGUCAAGGUACCUUCGUCCUCUGUUUUUUAUUGGAACGGGGAAAGGCCUGAACAGAUUUGUCCACAGGCGGGUGCUUGAAAUCCGGUGGCUUAAAGACGCUCUAAAGGAGUCGAAUGCUAUUUGGAGGAAUGAGAGUAUUUUCAAAGAUCCCACUGUUCAGGAGCACCUUCUCAAAGUUCAAGGAGUGGUGCAAAAUUACCGGCUACAUGCAAUGUUCGGAGGAACAGAGAUUGAGGUUGAGGCCAACCGAAGAGACAGACUCUGGAAAUCAGGUCAGGUGUCCUUUUACCUCGGAUUUACUAUCAGAGGACCUGUAGCUUUUGACAUCCAGAGGAGAACUACCACUAAGGGAAAGCUGGGAGCUUGUGUCGAUGUUGUGGGAUCCACUCACUGGACUAAACUUGUUCCGGAGGUCGAAACUAAGGGUGACAUCCAAACCUACAGCCUUCAGUCUUGCAGAGGAUGCUAUGAAUGCAGUGUGUCUGCCCUGCGCUGGGUUUGCAAGGAAAGGGUCAGAAUUGAGUACCAGUUCUGCUCUUGGGAGGAACAUAGAGAGAGUCCUGCAUGCAUGGAUUACAUGCCAGCUGGACCCCUACUGAAGAUUUCGGUCAAGGCUGGAAAGUUGGACAUGGUGCACCUGCCACACUGGAUAGAUUGUGACUCUACAAGUGUAGACAUGUUUGCAGUUCUACAUGUGGAUACCUGUGGUGAUUCUGUGGAAUCUGUGUCUGAAGUGACAGCAUCCCACGUCAAGUUGCUCCACCCAGCUCGCUCUCCAAUAGGAGCCAUAAUCCAGAGGAAGCUGGGUUUAAAGGUUUACUGUGAUGCGCUGAUAUUCAAGACAAAACAGGAUUUCCUCACAUUGCGUGUGUACCUGGUUCCACCAGAUCGUGAUUUACAACAGAAAGUGGAGAAAAAAGAGGAAUCGUAUGGAUCAAUAAGAAUCCCAAAACUGAGCCCAAACGAGUCUCUGCAAAUGUGGGAUCAUUUUGUCCUGAAGGCAGAUCCGGUUGCUGCCGUUCAGCCUGAUAAAUUAAAACUAAGACAUGAAUGGACCAACUACUUUGAGAUGUUCAUCAGGAAUGCAGACCACAGUUUUAUCCUGAAACUUGAAAAGGAAAAGAGAAACAGUCUAGAGGACACUCUGUGGACCUGUACUAUACGGAAAGGAGACUAUCAAAACACAUGCAGCAAUGAUGGACAAGAGACAAUGGCCUCAGAUAUGCACUUGCUCAUGUGAAAAGAUGCUCCCUACACAAUCCUCAAAGAGACGAAGAUCAUGAGAUUUCUGACGUCCCAGCUCACAGAGGAGGAAGAAAUAAGUCAUGCUCUGCACAAAAGUGCAUGUGAACUUUAAUGAAGACAUUUCCAAGGAAGUCCACACAUAAAAUAUGUGACUGUGUCUGUAGAAAAAGAUCCUGCUUGCAUUGCCAGCUAACCAAGGCAGAAAAACGAUACUGUGAGGUAUCUCUGGAACAACAGUUCCCAUUAUUCAGUGCAAGACUGGAGACGAGUGUUUGGCUACAUUGUCACUGGAGCUUCUCUUAUUGGCAGUAUGGCUUCUGUUGUAUCUCCCAGCCAAACGCUGCAGGCGUAUUUUACUUUUGUUGUAUUAAUUCAUAUUUUUUCUUUCUUUCUUCAAUGUGAGUAUUUAGUGUGAGUAUUAUAGUGCAUUUAUAGACGAUUUUAAGCCAAUUUCAAAAUGAAAAAAAUUUAAGAGGGGCUCGAAAAUGUACGUCACUACAUACAAAACCCCUACAAGGUCCAUUCCUCUUGAGUCACGAGGAUUUACAAGAGCAUAGAGUUAGAAUGUAAAAGUUUAAUUACUCAAUGAGCUGGCAAGUGGGUGUAAAUGUGAAUUUCUCUGUGAUUAAGAACAAAAGACUUUUACUUUUUAACAUUAAACUAUGAAAAGUU